GGACGUUCCGAUACCGCCAUUCUUUCGAUACUUGGUAUCGAAUCGGUAUCGAAAGGAGAGUAUCGAUAUUAGUAAAGUAUCGAAAGAAAAGUAUCGAUACCACGAGUAUCGAAAGAAAAGUAUCGAUACCGAUACCACAAGCAUCGAGUGAGCAUUAAGUAUCGGAAUUACCAACUAAAAUACUUAUCUACUAACUGCAAAACUGCAAUCUAUCAAGUAUAGUCUCAAUAGUCUGUCGAAACAAAGAAGACCCUCUGGCAAGAUGGGAAAAUGACUCCAGCUUGGUCAAUAAGGGUAUCAAUACGUUUCUUUCUAUACUUUACUAAUAACGAUACCCUCCUUUCGAUACCAAGUAUUGAAAGAAUGGUGGUAUCGGAACUGGAACGUCCCUAAAGAUGUGUAAAUGACUCAAGCUCGGUCAAUAUUGGUUCAAAAAUUAUCAAUUUGAUUUCAAAUUGUAGGAAUAUUUGUUCAAGAAUUAUAAAUGUGGUCUUAAUAGUAGAUCAAAUUGAUAAUUUUUGAACCAAUAUUCCCUGAGCUUGAGUCAGUUAUGUACUGUUUGUUAUUAGUGAUGUCAUAAUGUCUGGUAACUGCUACACUGGGCUAUAAUUCAGUACUAUAAUUUCAUCUAUAUUAAUCCUUAUAAUCUUCUAAAAUGAUAUAACAAUUAUUUAUGAUUAUGUAAUUAAUCGAAGUGAACUACUUUUUUACCCAUUUCGCCAUUCGAUACCGUUUCGAUACUCCAACUUGCGUAUCGAUACCAGUAAAGUAUCGAAUCAUUCGAUACCGAUACCACCGGUAUCGAAAGCAAAGUAUCGAUACCAGUAAGUAUCGAAAGUAUCGGAACGUCCCUAAUUCGGAUUUCAGAGAGCAGAUAACCUCCAAAAUUUGAUACGUAAACAAAAGUGCUUCUAUUCCCAGUUUUGUUUUAUUAUAGUUUCGUUAUCAGUUCUAGUGUCAUUCAUUCUCUUGCUAUCUUAACAUUCUUAUUGAAUAAUAUAAAGUAGGCACUUGAAUGAUUGAUUGCAAAAAUGAAGAACUUAAAAGUGACAUUCCUUCAUCCUGAUCUUGGUAUCGGUGGUGCUGAAAGACUUGUGGUAGAUGCGGCAUUAGCUCUGCAUAACAAAGGACACAAAGUUCAAUUCCUGACAACUCAUCAUAACUCCUCACAUUGUUUCAAAGAAACAAAAGAUGGAACUCUACCAGUGACGGUGGUUGGCGAUUGGUUGCCUCGCUCCGUGUUUGGAAGGUUGUACGCACUGUGUGCUUACAUUCGCAUCAUCUAUGCUGCUUUCUACUUGGUUUUAUUCAGUGAUUCAGAACCUGACGUGGUAUUCUGUGAUCAGAUUUCAGCAUGCAUUCCAAUUCUCCACCUCAAGUUUAGAAAUGUUUUAUUCUACUGUCAUUUUCCUGAUCAACUUCUCAGUACACCAGGAAGUUUUCUGAAAACAUUGUAUCGGUUACCUAUCAAUUGGGUUGAGGAAUUCACCACUGGCUGUGCAGAUAAAAUACUAGUAAACAGUAAUUUUACUAGAGGUGUGUUCAAACAGACAUUUAAAUCUUUGAAUCAACAACCAGACAUUCUCUAUCCAUCGAUUAAUACACAAAGUUUUGAUCAAGACGUUUCUUACGAUAUCAACAACCUGUUGACUACACCAAUAAGAGAUGAUUUCAAUGUUAUUCUCUCUAUCAACCGUUACGAACGUAAGAAAAAUUUGAUGCUAGCCAUAUCGUCUUUUAAUAAAUUGAAAAACUACAUGUCUGAAUCGUCUUAUAAUAAAACGUGUUUGAUAGUUGCAGGAGGUUACGAUACUAGGGUGUCUGAGAACAUUGAGCAUUUUAUGGAACUCAAAGAAUACGCUAGAGAGUUAAAUUUGACUGAAAAGGUACACUUUUUGCGAUCACCGUCAGAUACAGAAAAAUUGGCCUUACUAAAUAGAUGUAACGUAUUAAUUUACACACCAUCCAACGAGCAUUUUGGAAUAGUGCCCUUGGAGGCGAUGUACGCUUUGAAACCUGUCGUUGCUGUUAAUUCUGGAGGUCCAGUUGAAACUAUAUCGAAUGGUGAGAAUGGAUUUCUCUGCGAGCCACUCCCGGAUGAUUUUGCCACAUCACUCGCUAAAAUUUUGGAAGAAAAGUCCCUUCAAGACAGCUUGGGAAAAGCUGGUAGAGAGAGGUUCAAGAAAAACUUCUCAUUUGAAGCUUUCAGUGAAAAAUUAAACCAAGUUAUUGAAAACCUUGUUAAUUAACAUUUGAACAAUAAACUAAGUCACAAUUUUGAUCAUAAGGUAAUCAUGACUAAAGUACUUGAGAUUAAUGUUUAGCUGAUAAAUAAAUAAUAUUUUUAUUUCAAAUCGAAUAAUUUUUCUUUUUAUAUUAACUAGUCAUCACACUUUUAUAGCAUAGUUAAUUAUGAAGAACAAUACGGUUUUAUCUAAGCAUGCUUUGCCUUAAAAUAGCAGGAACCAAUCACAACUAUUCUAGAAGCAGGCUGUUUGGUAACCAAGCCUAACUUGACUGAAUAUUCUCAAGAAUAAUUUUAAUUUAGUAUUACUCAGGGAUGUGUGGUAGUAAGAAUUUCGGGUCCACAAUGAAUGUCUACCACAAUAUUAUCAUUAUAAUAGAUACGGUAGUCUACAUAACAGCAAUAGCUGCCAUGUCGAAGACCUGAUAUUGAAUGUUUUCCUUAUUCAUCAAAAACAAUGACAUUAUUUGUGGAUCAAUUCCAUAAUAAUUAGGUUAUAGCCUAUUUAUGAAAAUAUAUUUUUUAAAAGAUACAACACAUCUGCAUAAUAUAAUUAUAUCGUAAAAUAUAAUCUUCAAUUUCCAUUACGACCUUCUAGUCAAUCACUUUGAACUUUAUAUAACUACAUCAGUAUAACGUGUCAAAACUAUUCUUAAUUUGGUAAGAAAAAAGUGGUAGGUCAUCAGAUACAUACAAUAACAAAAUUAUCCACUUUAUUUGAAAAAUUCGGAUACAAUAUUGAAUAAUUUCACUUAUCAAUAUGGUUUACUCUCUAUAAAACUUGGAAUUGACAAAAUCUGUUUUACUGCCUUAACUUUUUGAAAUCAAUGCAAUAUUACCUUGUAAUAAAUGAAAUCUGAAUCAUGGGAUUCAAAAUUGGUGUUAAUACAUUAAAAAUUUGAGAAUUUAAAUAAAAUCAAUUGCUUUGAAUCUCUUUUGACUCAAUGCUAUAUUUUAAAUUAUGUUCCUCUAUGAAUCAAAUCAAUAAACAUUUAAAAACAA